GUUGCCGUUUUGUUUACAAUCUCAUUUGCGCAGCUUCCGGGUUGCCGGACGCCGCGGAUGAAUCUGCAUCGUAGCGCUCAGGCUCAGCGGGCUUUUCAGCAAGCGACGGCGCACGCCUCCCCUCGCCGCGGAGGAGUGCCGACGACGGUCCAGUUGAAUUUCUGCUAAUUUGACGAUAAAGCACCUCCGUGUCCUCGAGUUCUGGCGGGCGAGGAGCCAAGGCGCCGGGUCCAGUCUUCUCGAAGCGCACCUCAACCGGUCGGUUGUAAUGGUUUUAGUCUCGGGUGCUUGGAAGUGGAGGAAAAUCUAAAAUGAUACACAACGUUACCAGUGCGACGUAGUAAAGUAGUCCCAUACGCAGCUUGAUGCUGGCUGACUGACUCCACGCAGAGUCGUGGCCCUUAAUCCGGUUCGGGUCCACUUGUACCCCAACAGGAGCGUGUGUACACGCGCGGCGAAGGGAAGAGCGAUGGAGGCGGCGGCUCCGGCGGGAUGCGGUGACUCGGCGGCGCCCGGCGUCGAGGAAGGGGAGACGCGCGUUGGCCUCUAGGUCGGACGUACGGGCGGAGUUCCAGAUUUUCCAAGGUCGAGAGAUGGGGGACAGCUACGUGUACCGGAGGCUUCCCUACGCCAGGGGGGGGGAGGAGGCCGACGAGGAGGACGCCGAGCAGAGGGCGAGGAGGAUGCCGGAGAGCGCCGGGAGGCAAACGAUGCCGGGCGAGGAGGGCACCGAGUGGCUCCUGGAACUUCUGACGGACGUCCAGCUGCAGCAGUACUUCCUGCGCAUCCGCGACGAGCUCAACGUCACGCGCCUCUCGCACUUCGACUACGUCAAGAACGAAGACCUGGAGAAGAUCGGCAUGGGCCGCCCCGGUCAGAGGAGGCUGUGGGAGGCCGUCAAGAGGAGACGAGCCCUUUACAAACGCAAGUCCUGGAUGAGCAAGGUGUUUCCCGUCAAGCGUCCCGACGCCGACUCCCAGCCGGCCCUCUCGCUCGGGCCGGCGGCGGCCGGCGGGUCUGCGUCCGCCGGGGACUCCGCGGCCUCGCUCACCUGCCUGAUCCGAGAGGCGGAGCUUCAGCUCUUUGAGCGCCUGGGCGACGGCACCUUCGGGGUGGUGCGUCGCGGCGAGUGGAGCGCCCCCAGCAGUCGAGUGCUGUCUGUGGCGGUGAAGUGUCUCAAGGCCGGCGUGCUGGAAUCGGACGGUCUGGACGACUUCAUCAGGGAGGUGAACGCCAUGCACUCCCUCAGCCACCAGAACCUGAUCCGCCUCUACGGGAUCGUCCUGACGCAGCCCAUGAAGAUGGUGACGGAGUUGGCCCCGCUGGGCUCGCUGUUGGACCGGCUGAGGAAGCGUCAGGGCCACAUCCUCAUCUCUUCGCUCUGCAACUACGCCGUGCAGGUGGCGUGCGGCAUGGCCUACCUGGAGCAGCGGCGCUUCCUCCACCGCGACCUGGCGGCGCGCAACGUGCUGCUGUCCACCAACGAGACGGUGAAGAUCGGCGACUUCGGCCUGAUGAGGGCGCUGCCGUCCCACGCCGACCACUACGUCAUGGAGGAGGGCCACAAAGUCCCUUUCCCGUGGUGCGCUCCGGAGUCCCUGAAGACUCGCACCUUCUCGCACGCGUCCGACACCUGGAUGUUCGGCGUCACCCUGUGGGAGAUGUUCACCCACGGCCAGGAACCGUGGCCGGGCCUCAACGGGAGCCAGAUCCUCCACAAGGUGGACGCGGAGGCGGAGCGGCUGUGCAAGCCGGACGACUGUCCGCAGGACAUCUACAACGUCAUGCUGCAGUGCUGGAGCCCCAAACCCGAGGACAGGCCCACCUUCGUGGCCCUCCGGGACUUCCUCAUGGAGAGCACGCCCACAGACAUGAGAGCCCUGCAGGACUCCGUUGAGGACGACAAGCUCCAAAUUCAGAUGAACGACGUCAUCACCAUCAUCGAGGGAAGGGCCGAGCACUACUGGUGGCGGGGCCAGAACCGGCGGACCCUGCGGGUGGGCCAGUUCCCUCGCCACGUGGUGACGGCGGUCACCGGACUGUCGGCGGACGACAUCAGCAGGCCCUUGAAGCACUCGUUCAUCCACACGGGCCACGGGGACGCCGACCCGCAUCGGAGCUGGGGCCACGCCGACCGCAUAGACAGUCUCUAUUUGGGGAACCCCAUGAAGCCCCCCGACGUGCUGGGAAUGGACCCUUGCAUCUCCAGGCCGACCAAACUCCCCAACCGAGCCAAGAAACAACCCCCGCCUCGGCCCCCCCAGCCCGCGGUCCUCCUCAAGAAGCCGUACUACGAUUCCGUGAUGGAGGACUACGACGACAACGAGGACGCCGCCGGCGCCGCCCGUCGCCUCCCCGCGUUGCCGACCGUGUCCCUGGGCCUGGAGCUGCGCCCGUGGGAGGGCUGCGGCGCCGGCCGGCCGGACGGCGGCGAGGUGUCGCUCAUCGACUUCACCGACGACAGCUUCAGCUCCGCCACCACGCCGUCGCCGCUCACCGAGACGCUGCCGCACGACAACGACACGCUCAAGGACACGCCGUCCAUCCUGGACUGGCCCCUCCCGCAGCCGGCCUACGACGAGGUGGCCGCAGAGCCGCAGGAGCAAUCCGAGGACCAGGAGGUGCGCUCCAUCAACAAGGGGGUGGCCGAAGAGGUCCCGGCCGCCCCCGUCGCCACGUUGGCCCGCAACCAGUCGCAGUCAGUCGACCUCUUCCAAGAACUCCAGCGAGAGGUGAUGGUGAAGCUGCAGGUUCCCAUGGCGACGGGCCGCUCCCUCCCUUCCUCGCCGCUUCCCCUGGCGCCGGCCCCGCUCGCCCCUCACCGGCAGAUCUGCCUGCCCCCGCCCUCGCCCGCCUCCGACCCGGAGGAGCGUCCCGCGCCGCCUCCCCGCAGCCCGGCCCCGCCGCUGCGCCCGGCUAAGUACGGCCCGGCGGUCGGCGCCUCCUACCCGCGCCACAGCUCCAUCUCCGUCUCCCUGGAGCUGGAGGACGGCCCCCCGCAGGUGCCGCCCCGGGACCGGGCCCUCUCGCAGCCGGGCUCGCGCUCGUCCUCGCCCCUCACCUUGGCGCCGCCGCCGCCGCCGCCGCCCCCUCCCAUGUCGGUGUCCCCUCGCCGGGCCUCCGGACUCCUGGGUCCUCUCCUGUCGUCGGCCUCUCUGGCCUCACCUCCAAGAGUGACCUCUUUAUACUCUUCCAGCUCGGCUUUGGACCCGUUGAGCCCGCGCGAGGCUCGCGGACCUUCUUCGGCGGUUGACGGUUCGCAGAGCUCCGGCCGGGCCCCGUUGCCGGAGCGACCGGCUCUGCUGGAAAGAUACGGCGCCGCCAACACGGCGACGGUCAAACCCAUGAUUCAGCAUCCGGCCCGGGCCAAGCCCAACUCCUCCCACAACAACAACAACGCCCAGCUGGACCCGAGCGUGGCGCAGGUCCGGGAGGCCGUCCACGGCGUCACGCUGGACGAGUGCGAGGCGGCCCUGCGAGCCCACGACGGGGGAGUCCCGCAGGCCAUCGACCACCUGAAGGUGGAGCAGCUGUUCCGCGUUGGCCUGCGCUCGCGGCGCGAGUGCGAAGCCCUCCUGCGACGGUGCCGGUGGAACCUGGAGGAGGCCAGCUCGCUGAUGCUGGACUCGUACGAGCCGCACCGCAGCAGGAAGUGACAGCAGGAGGUGACGGAUGACUCAUCCACACAAGGACCGGGCAAUGUUCGUCUCGGAAAAAGCAGCUGGCACCGCCCCGUGUCUCGGCUGCCGGAUUAUUUUCACGUCAUUCAUACAAUACUGCGAUUUCCUCUUCGACAAAGGUGGAAUUAAAUGUGACGCGAGAGAAUGGCAUCUCCCGAAAGUUUGUGUUUGAAAAUCAGGAAGCGUACCUGGCGUGGAAGUCUCGUUUGUCCCCCCCCCCCCACCCCUUCUCGGAUCAACCCUGUGACCAUUCCAAUUAUGGAACAAGAGUCUCUCCAACCCGACCGGCGCUCGUAUCGAUCGCAGCGCAUGGCGCCGCGUCGGAUCGGUGCGAUCCCCGGACGAGCCUUUCUGACUCGCAACAGGACCGACGACGCCGCGCGCAGCAUUGGCCGAAAACAAGAUUUGCGAUCAAUUGAAUUUGUUUGGCUCGCACCCCUCCGACGCAGACGAGCGAGACGGUCCCAAUGGGCCUCACCUGACUGGCGUAUUCGUCAAAUGGCAUUCUCGUGACGAGCAGGAGAGGAAAUUAAAUGGCUGUUAUGGCUGUUGGCCCAGGACGAAGUUGGCACGGAAAUAUUUCCAAGUACAUUCUGCCAUAUUCUUCCAUAUUUUUUUUUUUGUUUGUUUUACACGCCGCGACUCGCGCAGACUUUGUCGCCGCACCUUCUCCGGUCCAGAAUUCUGGCGCCGCGCCGGAGGUGGGAAUGAACGCGGGGACAGCAAAAGAGGCGCGAUUCGCCGAAGAGUCGGCUUCAAAUCACGGACGUGCGGAUUCCG